AGGAUGAAAGGGAAGGGGGCAGCCACCAGGACACUGCCUGGGAAGGAGUCGAUGUGCCAUUUGUAAGAAAGAACAUUAGAAAUGGAUUGUUAAGGGUGUCAGGAUCUGCUAUUGUACCCGGGCUCACCACACUGGAGCCCUUGCUGGACCAAGAAGUGUUUCCUGGAUUCCCAGGGGACAAGAGUUACAUAACCACCACUGGACCUUCAGAAGGAGACCAGACCCUUCCACAGGAUCACAGAUCCUUCAACAGAACCACAUUUGUCACUCCAGGAGGACUGCAGCCACCAUUCAAUAGGACUGCUGCCACCACUCUGACCCCCAGGGUGCCAGGCUGUAUCCUGACUCUGGGAACUACCUGCCUGCUGUAAUGCUCCUGUUGAGACCAGGGAAUGCCUGCAUCGUGUACACCUUGCUUGGGAACGCAACAUGACCCGGUGUGGCACAACAUCUUCUCAAGGAAGAGGAGAGGAGACAGUCAACAGGCACCACGUCUGCACAGCCUGCCUCAGAGGGAAAAGGAACCCAAAACACAGCAACAGGCACCACAUCUGCACAGCCUGCCUCAGAGGGAAGAGAAACCAAAAGCAGGGAAACAGGCACCAAGUCUGCACAGCCUGCCACAGAGGGAAAAGGAACCCAAAACACAGCAACAGGCACCACAUGUGCACAGCUUGCCCCAGAGGGAAGAGAAACCAAAAGCAGGGAAACAGGCACCACGUCUGCACAGCGUGCCACAGAGGGAAGAGGAACCCAAAGGGCAGUCAGUGCUUCCACACAGACCGUCACCGAGCCAGGACAGCCCGAGCCAGCAGCAGCUGCCCCUGUUCAGAAGAAGAAAUCCAAGAGCAAAUCCAUCCACAGAGUCACUGAUGAGGAGCUGGCUGGACCCUCACACCCAGCAGAAGAGCCAGAGCCAGGGGUCAUCACUCUCUCUGUGUCCCCAGACCUGUGGAGGGAGCUCGCCCCCCAGAGCAACGAGUCCAUCCUGGCCUGGCUGCUCCGCCUCUGGGACACCAGAGCCAGUGACACCCCUGUGGACAGGAGUGAGGCCAGGCAGCUGGGAUCCCUGUGCUGGGAUGUGGUCUAUGCCCAGGGCACCAGGAGAACCCAGGAACCUCUCAGCCUCUGGUGGUGACUGCUGGUGAGUGUGAAGGAUGGAUGCCUUUGUAAAGAAGACCCCCCAGGUGCACCAGGGCAAAUGGAGCACAGUGGAACAAGGAGAUCAUUUUUCCCUAAGAGCCCCAAGGCUGUACAGUGCACGUCGCAGAUGUGGUUGAGAUUUGCACGCCUCAGACCAGAGAGAUCCUCCCGUUAGCUGGAGAUGCUGCAGUGGAGGGAAGGAGAGGACAAGGUGGGAGCACUGGUCAGCAGGUUAAGAAUUUACAAGAACACUGUCACUGCCCUGUUAUACACCCAUGUCUUGUCCAUGGAAACAAAGCUGCCUGAGCACGUCUGGAGCUUGAUUGAAGAAGGCCACCAGAAAGUGAGACAGGAGCUUCAGGAAGGGAUUUACCACUUCUCACCAGAACCAGCCAGUCUCUGCCUUUAGGAGCAGAUGUUCCCCUGCCAGGGAGAGAGGAUACACUCUACAAGGUAACCUCUGUUUUUUUCUUUCAGGAACAUGGGAUGGAAAACUCCUCUCUUCCUUAGCAGUCCUGGGUACCUGAACAGAAAAGAGGAACAUCUACCAGAAGGAGCUCAUCUAGAGUCAGCAGUGCUCUGGUCUCUCGUGGACAGAACUCCGGUUGGUAUAGGAAUGACAAUAUUUUUCUGAUUCUCUUGAAGGGACCUCAGGAACAUGUUUACAGGAGGAGACCAAUGUGUACCUGGACCAAGAUUAGAGGGGCCCUGCCUCUAGCCAGGUGGAGGAAAGGGACAGUAGGAUCUGUUGGACUGUGUGGAUCCCAUGUUCUGGCACAUCUGACCCACAAAGGCACAGCUUUGGUGGACACCAAUGUACCCUGAUGCCACCAAGGUAUGUGGGAGCAGAACCCAUUUGUAUUUCUGGGGUGACAGCAGGAUCUCAGCAGCUGAGGUGAAUUUAUCUGGGAGUUGCUGGCCUGGAUAAGAGAGCCUCCUGCAUCCUCAGCAUAGACCAUGACAGAAAUGGGUAUUUCAAAGACCCAAAGGGACAUCAUUGGGCUUUUGGGAUUGCUGCUGUAGAGACAGAAGACAGACAACUGAAUACCCUGCCUGGUCUCUCAGAUGAGCCCCCUGUGUUGGACUGCUGAGAGUUGAAGAACAACAGGAACCAGUCACCACAGCAACAGUGCACCAGCAGCAAUUCUUCAUCAUAAUAUAAAUUUGCUGUAGAACAUCUCAACAAGGGCAAAGUGUCUUUUUUUUUUCCCUUAAUUAAA